AUGGUAUAUGAUAGUUGGAUGUUUGCACAGGAGAUUGCUUUUGGAGACGGCUGCAAGGGAUAUUGGCUGGCGUUUGUUUGUGAGCUUGGAAGAAAUAACUUGGUCACGCGGCUACAAGUGGCUUCAGGCGAGAAUGAUGAUGAGGUGGGGCUGUUAUGGAUAAGGACAGGGUGGGCCCCACAAGUUGAAGUUAUGAAUUUGUCCAAGGCCAAAUCUGAUGGUAUUAGACGGGAACUUGCAUUGGUAUUAUGUGUUUACCUGUUCGUCCUCUUAUUUUUUGUUUUGCAGGAUCCUUUGAUUAACUCCCCUUUCCAGAUCGCUGGCUUUGGGCCAAGACUUCACCCGCUGUCAUUUGGAGAAGGUGUAGAAGUUGACCCUCUGCCUCCCAAGGAGAUCAGGUACACCUCCUCGGUGAAGUACGACUCCGACCGGCACUACAUCGACAACGUGUUCCUGCAGCACUCCUUGGGCGUUGGCUCUUGCAGCCAGACCGUGGUGUGCGUCCCCGACUGCACAUGGCGCAACUACAAGACGGAGCUGAAGUUCGAGAUGCAGCGCAAGCCGCAGCGCUUCCUCAGCGCCGUCAUCGUGUACCCCAAGUACGCCAAGACUGUCUACACCACCACUGUGGAUUACAACUGCAGGAAGGCCGUGCGGCGCUUUCUAUCCAGCGUGGAACUCGAAGUGACGGACUGCAUUAAGCCAAGCUCCCCGACAUUGUGUUUCCCCUGAAUCCAAUUCUGCCCUGGACCCUCCUAUUGCUUCUGAACUCUGGCGGCUUCAGAACUGCUUCAAAACUGCAUUUCUUCCCCCCCCCCCUCCCCUCCCCCCUCCUCCCCCCUUGCAUCUUAGAAUCCUGAGGAUUUUCUUCAUCAUAAAUAGAAAAAAAAAUAGGAAUUUAUUUUAGAGAUUUUGAUGCCGUUAGUGUAUAAGGUAGGACUAGAUUGUGCGAGAAUCUAUUCGAUCUUUCUUCCAUUUAGUAUGUUGGGACUAAAGAUUGUGGGGGGAGGGGGUGGGGGGGGGGAUGGACAGUGGGUUGGAAGCAUUCUGCCCAAGGUUCGUUCUGUGGGGGAGUGCCAUUGGUGUUUAACAUGAGGUCUUGUGCGGGGGAAGAUGGGGAGGGGUGCGUUGGCAAUCCUGGCCGUGGCACCCAGCCAAAGGCAGACCCUGGGAACGCUGGAGUCCGACGGCCACGGACGGGAGCCAAAAGUUCCACCUCCAAUAAAGUCCCACUGCACGUUUGACUUUUUCGGUUCUGAACGUGAGAAGAAUUUGUCACGGUGAACAAAUACGGGGGAAAUUCUGCGUAUUGAUGAACUUGGUCAGGUGACCAUCUGCGGUGGAGGGUUUGGCCAAAUUGGAGGUUGGUAAUCCUGGGUCUUUACCUGGUGCCAAGAAGUGGGUUUUAAUGCGAGUUCUUCUGGGCUGUCUUCACAUAGAAACAUAGAAAAUAGGUGCAGGAGGAGGCCAUUCGGCCCUUCGAGCCAGCAUCGCCAUUCAUCGUGAUCAUGGCUGAUCGUCCCGAAUCAAUAACCUGUGCCUGCCUUCUCCCCAUAUCCCUUGAUUCCACUAGCCCCUAGAGCUCUAUCUAACUCUCUCUUAAAUCCAUCCAGUGACUUGGCCUCCACUGCCCUCUGUGGCAGGGAAUUCCACAAAUUCACAACGGUCUGGGUGAAAAUGUUUUUUCUCAUCUCAGUCUUAAAUGGCUUCCCCUUUAUUCCUUGAUUCCUUGAGGAGGGAGGGAGAGAGAGAGAGAGAGAGAGAGUUUAUGAUGAAACAAUAAAAAAAUGGUUACCGCAGGCAUGGGCUGCAGUCUGAUUAAAGAGUUCCACUCUAACCUUGCAAGAGGCGGGGGCAAUUUCAAAUGUCGUGGUGCCUUUUUAUCAACAUUUCCCAGUGGAAAGAUAUUUAAUUUACUGCCUUUUUAGGAUUUCGCUAUCUAUUCAUUCCUUUGGGGAGGGGGGAGAGAACACAGAGAUUAUCAGUUGUUUUAGAAGGAACUGCAGAUGCUGGAAAAUCGAGGUAGACAAAAGUGCUGGUGAAACUCAGCGGGUGCAGCAGCAUCUAUGGAGCGAAGGAAAUAGGCAACGUUUCGGGCCGAAACCCAAAGGAAAUAGGCAACGUUUCCUAUUUCCAUCACUCAUAGAUGCUGCCUCACCCGCUGAGUUUCUCCAGCACUUUUAUCCACAGAAAUUAUCCGGAUUUGUUGAUGCACAGAACCUCAUCUCUGCUGUUUCCAAUCAAAAUGAGUUCUCAACAUUAUGGAGACGGUGUAUAUGUGUGUGUGUGUGAGUGUGAUUGUGUGUGUGUGUGUAAAAAUGACUAGAGGAUUUGCUUGUCCUGAAGUGAAUGCUACAAAAAUGUAUGGGGAUGGGACAUUAGACCAAGUCUGUCCCUACCCUGUCCCAAUGUUAUCUGGCUGUUCCUCCGAAGAAGGAAACCUUGCCCAGGUUAAUGUGCCCAUCCAGCCCAUUUGUGGGUAGAUGCCAAGUGCUUAAUCUGUCACCAAAUUUCAACCUCCUGUACUUCUGUCAUGUCUUAUUGCCUUCCGAGCGUUUUGAUCCAUUUGCGUGUAAAUAUUCAAGAGUGAACCAAGACCUAUAAGACUAUGCAAUUCUGGUCGUUUUAAGAACGUCUGUUUGUUUUUGUGCAUUCGGUUGCUGAAAGCCCCUAUGUUGACGACGUAAUCCAGUGGAUGUGGACUUGUGUUCGAUUUGGGGUCUGGCUAACUUAAUUGCAGUCACAGCCCAUCCAAUGUUGGGAAGAGUGUGCGCAGUUGGCGUAGAGUAGUGUGUGUGCGUGGAAGGGAAGAGUGGGGGGUGAACAGUGUGGGGCUGGAAGAGAAAGAGAGAAAAUGCAUGUUAGAAAUCUGAAACCCUCGCUGCUGGAAAUGCUCGGCAGAUCAGGCAGCACCCGUAGGGGAGAAAAACAGAGGACAUUUAGGGUUGACCUUCGCAGAAAUGUUCCUGGUGAAAGUACUGUUUGAAAUGCAGAAUAAUUUGGUUAUCGUACAGUGGAAGGUUUGAAGGAAGUCCGAGGUUUAGAAAGAAAAAAAGGCACAAAGUGCAGCAUUGCCCCCGCCCUCUUGCUAGAGAACGUAGAUAAGUAACAUUUUGGGUCAGGGCCCUUCUUCGUUGGAUUUAGAAGACCAAAAGGGGAAGAUUUCUCACUAACUGUGUCAUUAUUAAAGCUAUUGUGUUAAAGAGGGCAUGAGAUUGUUGAUAGAGGCAAAGUACUGGAGUAACUCUGGGUCAGACAGUAUCUCUGGGGAGAAAAGGGAUGGGUCAGGGCUGUGUUUUAAACAUGUCUUGGUCUGGGUUAGACAGCUGUGGUGAUCUUGAUCUUGCAGCUUCUUUUCAAGAAGACAUUAAUAUUGGCAUGAAGUGAAAAGAGAAUUUACUGCCAGGCACAGUUUCAACAUGUAGUGCGUAUUCCACGUUUCGCAGCAAGAGCUAUGGUUGGGUUAGGGAAAGGGUCAAACGAUUUUGGUCGCAUGAAAGCACUUCUAAGCUACAGAAGAGCACUGGUGAAACUGCUUCCCAUUCUUUGGAUAUUUUUCACGGGACUAAGAAGACCAAAGGAGGAAAAGUUCUCUGACUAAGCACUUGUUUAGAAUGUGGCUCAACAAAUGUUUGCACAAAAAUCCCAAUUUAGCCCAAGCAGUUUUCAAAAAAACUAUAUAGGUCUUGUGUACAUAUGUGUAUAGCUGGCUCAAUAAAUAUGAAUUAUUUUAACGUUUGUAAUGGUGUCAUUAUUAAAGUUCAUAUGUUAAAC